AUGUCUUUUGCCUCAAUCUCUCUAGUACAAGCACAAGCCGUCGCUGCCUCCUCUGUUUCCUCAUCUGCCUCCUCUGCUGUUGGCUUAGUUGGAAACGGUGGUUCCAGUACCAUUGAAACGAGCUCUGGUGCUGAAUCUACUGGUGUCGUUUCCUCUGUCUCUACUGGCUCUGACGCUUCCGGUGCCUCCGAUGCUUCUGCUUCCGAUGCUUCUGCUUCCGAUGCUUCUGCUUCCGAUGCCACUGGUGCUUCUGGCACUUCUAGUGCAACUGCCUCCGGUGAAUCUGGUGCUUCUGAUGCUUCUGGUACCUCUAGUGCUACUGGCUCUGGUGAAACUGGCUCCACAUCUACAGGAUUCAUUACUUCCGAUUCUUCUGCUUCUGCUACCGGUUCUUCUACUGCUGCAGUAACAGGUGAUAACAGCACUGCCACUGACAAUGCUGCUCCAGGUAUGGUUGCUAACCCAAUCAACUCUAAGUACAGUAUCCUAUUCGCUUUGAUGAUGGCUGGUUCUUUCAUCUUCGGCGCUGGUAUCUAA